AUGGCUGAUCUCAAAGCAUUGGAAGCUUAUGUUAGUUAUUUCUACUACCAAUCGAAAGAGUGGUCAAAGCGACUCCCAGAAGCUUAUGAUGCGAAAGAAGUAAUUGACUAUUUUCGUCGCUGGCCUCAUGUAGUGGCCUUUCGACUUCUUGAGAUAGUUAAAACCAUUGAUCAACCUUAUUAUGCACUGCCAUUUGGUUUUUACUUCUCCAAUCUGUCCUUUAAAAUGGUUGCUACAAAUUUCUCUGCCUUCGUUAAUACUGGAGAAAAGACUAUGAAAAAGGAGCGUUUUCCUCAUGAGGUCGUUGUCCGUGUACUAAACGGAAUUCCCCUAACAUCUUUGCUGAAUGUAAAGUUGGUUUGCCGAGCCCGGAGAAGCCUAAUACGAGAUCCACUUCUUUUUACUAAGCAUUUCUUGCACACGGUUGAGGCUGACAAUGAUCCAAGCUUCAUGUUACAAAGCAAUUGGCCUAUCCGGUAUCAGCUUCACUUUCUAGAUUUCUCUGAGCAUAUUGAAGUAGUCUCAAAGAAGCUCCCUAGUUACGCUAUGCUUAUGAAAAUGUAUCCAGCUAACGUGGGACAGUUCGGGUUCGGUUUUCAUCCAACCACAAAAGAAUACAAGGCGGUCCAGAUAGUAUAUCCAAGACGAUGGAAAAGAGGCGACUCAAAUGUACCUACAUCUACUUCAAUUCAAUCUGAGGUUCAGAUUCUAACUGUUGGAAGCCCUGCUUGGAGAAAUUUAGGAAUGAUACCUUACCGUCUUAUUUGGCCGACCUCGAAGGUUAUGGUAAAUGGGAGACUUCAUUGGCUUUCUAUGCCUAACAAGUAUAGUAUUGCUAGCUUGCUUAUAUCGUUUGACCUCGAAACAGAGCAAUUCCAAGAGGUUUCUAAAUCUGAUUGUUGUGGCUUAGAUAGGUGUUUUCACCAUGUGACGGUUCUACGAGGUCGUCUCUCAGCUGGUGCGUAUCAUGAUAAUGAACAAUUGGAGAUUUGGGUUAUGAAGGAAUAUGGUAUGAAGGAGUCUUGGAUCAAAGAAUUCAUCGUCGGAACCAAUUACUUGCCCCAUACAUUGAAGCAAGAAGAGAUCUGGUCCUUCAGUAAUUCAAAUUUUCACUUCCCUAAUUCUUUUGUUCAAGUUCUAUGUAUAUUAAAGAGUGGUGAGGUCUUAUUGGAGUACAAAAGCAGAGCACUUGUCCUUUAUGAUCCACGACGUGGAACAUUCAAGGACUUUACAUUUCCAGACAUGCCAAAUUGGUUCAAAAUAAUUACUCAUGUUGGCAGCCUCAACUGGCUUGAUAGUACUCCUUCCUACUAA